GUUCCAUUUUACAGAUUGGAUAAACUCAGCAAGCUAAUAGCAAGAUGUCUUCAGGAAAUGCCAAAAUUGGGCACCCUGCCCCCAACUUCAAAGCCACAUCUGUAAUGCCAGAUGAUCAAUUCAAAGAUGUCAGCUUGUUUGACUACACAGGAAAAUACAUUGUGUUCUUCUUGUACCCUCUUGAUUUCACCUUUGUGUGCCCCACAGAGAUCAUUGCUUUCAGUGACAGAGCAGAAGAAUUUAAGAAACUCAACUGCCAAGUGAUUGGUGCUUCUGUGGAUUCUCACUUCUGUCACUUGGCAUGGAUCAAUACACCUAAGAAACAAGGAGGACUAGGACCCAUGAACAUUCCCUUGGUGUCAGACCCCAAGCGCACCAUUGCUCAGGACUGUGGGGUUUUAAAGGCUGAUGAAGGCAUCUCAUUCAGGGGCCUUUUUAUCAUUGAUGAUAAGGGUACUGUAAAUGACCUCCCUGUUGGCCGCUCUGUGGAUGAGACUCUGAGACUAGUUCAGGCCUUCCAAUUCACUGACAAACAUGGUGAAGUGUGUCCAGCCAGCUGGAAACCUGGUAGUGAUACCAUCAAGCCUGUAGUCCAGAAGAGCAAAGACUAUUUCUCUAAACAGAAGUGAGCCCUGGACCAUUUUUAGGGCCAGGCUGCAGUGAGCAGUCCUAAGAACCAAACUUCCUGUUAUUGUCAUGCUUAAAACACACCUUAGACUCAGCUCAGAUAUGGUAUGGGACAGGACAGGUCUUUCCUACAGGGGUUGGGAGGGCCUGCCUUUCUUCCCUUGGAGAGAUUGGUCUUAGUUGUGCUGUGGGGUAGGCCAACUGAUGUGUAUAGUAGAGUCAUCACUUUUGAUCUUUUGUAGUUUUAUUAAACUUAAACUGA